CUCUCUCUUCUGUUCCCGCCACUGGAAACUCAUCACCGCACGUCGCUUUCCUGGCAUUCCGGUCUUUCUAGCAGUGACCGCAUUCCAGUCAUUUUGGAAUCCGGAACAAAAGUUCGGAAUAUCGUCCCCUGCGACUCACAAGAGGCAGAAGAAACGAUCCGGUUCGCCUUUGUUUGGCUGUUUUCACACUUCCGCGUCGAUGCGACUUGGACAUCUUCUCUGCGACACAAUUCUCCUUACCUCGACCACGUUUCUCUGAAUAAAACUCAUGUGCACAAGCGUAGUGUCGCCUCCCAUCACGAAUCCGUAUCGAAGUCUUCGUUCUGCAAUACCAGUCCCUGGCUAGUCGCGCGCGCCCACCGCUCUGCCGAUUUUUUGGCCUGCUGAUACUUCCGAGGAUCGCUCACCAUGGGUAUUCCGGCUGCCUUCCGGUGGCUCUCCACCAAAUAUCCCAAAAUCAUAUCUCCCGUCAUGGAGGACAAGCCGACCGUUCUGGAAGAUGGCACUGUCGUCCCGGUCGACACGACACAGCCCAACCCCAAUGGCGAGGAGUUCGACAACCUAUACUUGGACAUGAACGGCAUCGUUCAUCCGUGCUCCCACCCCGAGGACAAGCCAGCACCCCAGGACGAGGAGGAGAUGAUGCUUGAAAUCUUCAAAUACACAGAUCGCGUCGUUAAUAUGGUCCGCCCCAGGAAGCUGCUCAUGAUUGCUGUUGAUGGUGUUGCGCCUCGGGCCAAGAUGAACCAGCAGCGCUCCCGUCGAUUUCGCGCUGCCCAGGACGCCAAGGAAAAGGAGGAGGACAAGCAGCAGCUACUUAAGAUGCUCAGGAAAGAAAAAGGGAGUACUCAGAAGGAGGAGCCGGUCGAGACUGUCGUCAAGAAGGCGUUUGAUUCCAACUCGAUCACGCCAGGCACCCCGUUCAUGGACAUCCUUGCAGCAAGCCUGCGAUACUGGUGCUCUUACAAGCUCAAUACAGAUCCCGCGUGGGCGGAGCUGAAGGUCAUCAUCUCGGACGCCACAGUCCCCGGUGAAGGCGAGCACAAGAUCAUGGAAUUCGUCCGCUCGCAGCGCAACUCUCCUGAGCACGACCCUAACACCCGCCACGUGAUCUACGGUCUGGACGCAGACCUUAUCAUGCUUGGUCUUGCCACCCACGAACCCCAUUUCCGUGUCCUCCGCGAGGAUGUCUUCUUUCAGGAUGGCAAAGCCAGGAUGUGCAAACUCUGCGGCCAAAAUGGCCACAACGAGAGGGAGUGCAAAGGUGAGGCAAAGGAGAAGAACGGCGAGUUUGACGAGAAGGACAAGGUUGUUACCCUGAAGCCCUUCAUCUGGCUUCAUGUCUCGAUCCUGCGUGAGUAUCUUGCCGUUGAGCUGAAUGUCCCCAAUCUUCCCUUCCGCUUCGACCUUGAACGCGCCAUCGACGAUUGGGUCUUCAUGUGCUUCUUUGUCGGAAAUGAUUUUCUGCCUCACUUGCCUGCCCUCGAGAUUCGGGAGAACGGUAUCGAUACCCUCACGGCCAUUUGGAAAGACAAUCUCCCUGUCAUGGGUGGAUAUGUGACAAAGGACGGGCAUGUGGAUCUCGACCGCGCGCAGUAUAUUCUGAGUGGCCUCGCGAAACAAGAGGAUGCCAUCUUCCGGAGGAGGAAGGAGACGGAAGACCGGCGAGAGGCUAGCUUCAAAAGGCGCAAGCUCAACAAUCAGCAAGGUAAUGGCAGAGGGGGCGCCCAAGACUCGCCGCUCAACGGCAGGAAACGCAGAGGGCCACCGGAAGCCAAUGGGCCGCCGCCGGGGAUGAACCUGUUUCCGGUUACCAGCAUCCCUAAGCCGGUGUCUCUGAUCACUCACGAUAUGGUCGUGAACCGCCGCGCGGUUGAUCAGGCCAAUGCGGCCAACAAGAGCGCCGCCAGUGUGCUCAAGAGCCAGAUACAGGGCCUGAUGUCGCAAGUCCAAGAAAAAGCUGAUGGCGACGAGUCCAAGAAGGAGGAAGACGGGUCAACCAAGUCUCCGCCUUCGGCCUUGGGCAAACGCAAGGCGGAACUCAUAGCGGACGACGCUGACAGUACCGCAGAGGCUCCCUCCGAUCCCGAGACGCCCGUUGCCUCGGCCGAUGAGGGCCCCGUCGACACGGUUAGGCUCUGGGAAGAGGGUUACGCCGACCGGUACUAUGAGCAAAAGUUCAAGGUGGAUCCCAAGGACAUUGCCUUCCGGCACAAAGUUGCGCGGGCGUAUGUCGAGGGUCUGGCCUGGGUGCUGAUGUACUACUUUCAGGGCUGCCCCUCGUGGGAAUGGUUCUAUCCUUACCACUACGCUCCCUUUGCGGCCGACUUUGUUGAUCUGGGCAAGAUGAAGAUCAACUUCGAGAAGGGCAGGAUAUCCCGUCCGUUCGAGCAGCUCAUGAGCGUGCUUCCGGCGGCCUCCCGCCAUGCCAUUCCGGAAGUAUUCCAUGAGUUGAUGACCAAAGAGGACAGUCCCAUUGUCGACUUUUACCCGGAGGAGUUCGAGAUCGAUCUGAACGGUAAGAAAAUGUCAUGGCAGGGUGUGGCCCUUCUGCCCUUCAUCGAAAUGCCCCGACUGCUGGCCGCCAUGGAAACAAAGUCGCACCUUUUGAGCCCCGAAGACCAAGCCCGCAACACCCCGGGCAAAGACGUGCUUAUUAUUUCCGAUGCUCAUCCGGGUCUCUAUGAGGAUAUCACGGCGCAGUUCUACUCCAAAAAACAAGGCAACCCCAUGUUCAAGCUGAAUCCCAAGCGGAGCGGUGGUCUCAGCGGUAAGGUCGAGAAGAUUGAGGGCUACGUCCCGCACGGCUCGCUCGUCUACCCGCUGGAGAGGAACACCAUGCCGGACGUCGACUACGACCGUUCUCUUAGCGUGCACUACUACAUGCCGAGCAGUUCCCACACCCAUAAGUCGAUGCUCCUUCGUGGCGCGAAGCUGCCCACACCUGCUCUAACCAGAAGCGACAUCGAAGACCUCAGGAGUAAGGGGCAAAGGUCUGGGAGAAGCUACGGAGGUGUGCCCCUGAACAAUGGUGGUGGGCGGCAGGGAGGCAGAAUCAACUACGCAGGCGGCCCUCCUCAAGGGCGAGGGGGACGCGGUGCCCCGGGAUACCAGCAGCAGGAUCGAGGUUAUGGUGGGGGCUACGGCAACGGAUAUGGUAACGGGUAUGGUAACGGGUAUGGCGGUCAACAGCACUACGCCCCUCCGCCGUCAUGGCAACCACCGCCGCCCGGCUAUCCCGGGUUUGGCAUGGGGGUUCCGCCGCCGCCGCCGCCGGCUCAUUUCUCCGGCGGCGGCUACGGCCAGGGGUACGGCGAUCAUGGAUAUGGUCAAGGCUAUGGCGGUGAUCGACGGUAUGUGCCUGCAUCCGGACCGCCUCAGUCGAAUUCGUAUCGUCCGCCUCCGCCGCCGGGUCAAGAUCGGCGCUACGAUAAUAGAUACGAUAACCGGGACAGGGGUUAUCGCGACUCACGGGGGUAUCGGUAGUCGGGGUUGGAAAAGUGGUUAGGAUUGCUUCUGCUUUGCUUUUAAGUUGUGUAUAACCUUGUCGAAUCAGUUUGUGUUGGUCCUUUGAUCUGAUACUAUGUCAAGAGAAUGGUUUUGCGUUUUGUAUGUACCCAUGGACUACAUUGUAGUGGGGAUUACUCGACGCCUCGAGCGAGCGAACUGGACUGGCAUACCUACCAGGUACCUACUAUGUAUUGUUGUAGAUGCCGUACCUUACCUACCAAAGUCAGGCCGUCGCCGUCAAGCACUGGCAGGUCCAGCAGGCGGCAUCCCGUUGCAUAGGAACACGGUAGCACUAUUGGAGAGGGUCACAUUGUGGCGUUUCUCUUACUGUGCAGUACUCCUCGAUGCAGCCCACAAACCCAAGUUGGGGUAGACGAUAUGGGACGGG